AAGGAAGAUAUGGUGUGACCAACCAAGUCACUCACGCUCUCUGUCUGUCUGAGGUCGAUGGUUCACUGGAAAACCAACCAUUUUACACACACCGGCCUAGCUUCUUUGCAGCCGACGCCACCAACAUCGAUCCAUUAGAUGGCUCCCCCUCAGCUGCCUCCUAUCCUUCCUCAUUUCUAGCUAGCUUCUUCUUUGCCUCGAUCCGCAGCUAGCUAAUCUAAUUCUCCCUCUAGCUAUAGCUAGCUAGCUCUCUCUCCUCACACCACCCGGCCGGCCGGCUGACUAGAAACAAGCUAGCUACUAGUCUCUGCCUCUUCCUCUUCCUCUCCGUCGUGAUCCCCCUUCUUCUUCCCGCCGGUGACAUCGACGAUGGAGUAUGUGGUGGCGGCACGGGCUCCGAUGACGACGACGAUGAGCCGCAGGACUCGACAUCCUCACCACCACCACCAUCAGCAGCAUCAAAUCGUCGAUCUUCUUCCUCCUCCGCCGCCUGCUCCUGAUCCGCACCCUCCUCAGUUUCAGACAGGGACCGUCGGCAUGCAAACGCAACACCAAAUUAGGCGGGCGGAUCUUGAGCAGGAGGUGUUGGAGCUGAAGCAGCAGCUGAGCAACGAGCAGACGGUGCACAGCAUCCUGGAACGCGCCCUGCACCCGACAGCCACACGAUCCGCCGCCGCCCUCAGCAGCAUCCCGGCCUUCAUCCCCUCCAAGGCCAAGGAGCUGCUCGCGGAGCUCGUGCUCGUCGAGGAAGAGAUCGCGCGCCUCGAGUCCCAGAUCGUCACCAUGAAGCAGGACCGCCUCCUAGCCCAGCAAGAACGAUCCUCAACGAUGGAGACCGCUGUGCAGCAAGAAGGACGACGCCCGUCGUCAAUUGCGACCGCCGCCACCGCACCGAUGCCGUACACAAGCAAUGCCAAUGGCAGCGGCGCGCCGGCGCCGGCGUCUGUGGCGCCGGAGAUCAAGUCCAUGUUCUUCAUCAGCCAGGCCAUGAACAUGAACGCCGAGUACCUCAACCGCCACCUAGCCGCCGACGCCACCAAGAGCCCCAAGGAUCAUCAUCACACCGCGGCCUCCAUCAGCCCCAAAUUCAACACCAACAUCUUCAACCUCCCGCCCAGGAAUUCCCUCGACAAGCAAUCGAAUCACCGAGCAGCGGCAGCUGACCAGAAACCAUCCAAACCCGUCCAAGAACACUCCCCAACAUCAGCAAAGAGAGAAGAACAGAGCAGCAGCAAGAUCCAGCCGAACAAGCUGUCGGAGCGGAUCGUCAAGUGCCUCGUCUGCAUCUUCAUCCGGAUGCUCCGGUCGUCGCGGGCGGUGGAGAUGGAGAAGUCCGGCAGCCUGGCCAGGUCCGGGAAGAACACCCCGCAGGGCAGCUUCAGGAUCGACACGGGGCUCAACGUGGCGGCAGGAGUCGCCAAGGAGAAGGACCGCAGAGGGCAGCAGGAUCAUUACGGCAUCUUUGCGAUCCAGGACUCGGUGGUUAGAGACAUUGGGCCUUAUAAGAACCUCGUCAGGUUCACGUCCAGCUCCUUCGAUCCCAGAGGGUUCUCCAGCUCUCCUCUGCUCACCAAGCUCAGGGAGAUGUUGGAGGCCUUGCAGCAGGUGGAUCUGAGGUUUCUGACGCACCAGCAGAAGCUUGCGUUCUGGCUCAACAUAUACAACACCUGCAUCAUGCACGGGAUUCUGCAGCACGGAUUGCCAUCAAACUCUGAGAAGUUACUGGCGCUGAAGAAUAAGGCGACAAUCAAUGUUUCAGGGCAAAUGUUCAAUGCGCUGGUGAUCGAGAACUUCAUCCUGAGGCAACCAUCCAGUGUCAAAGAAGAAUUCUGGAAAUGCGACGUGGACGUGGAAGAGCAGCAGGUGAGGGGCCUCUACGGGCUGCACAGCUCGGAGCCCAACAUCCUGUUCGCGCUGUGCUGCGGCAUCAGAUCGUCUCCAGCACUUCGGAUCUACAGGGCGGAGCGGGUGAUAAUGGAGCUGGAGAAGGCGAAGCUGGACUACCUGCAGGCUUCGCUGGUGGUGGCGUCGUCGUCGAGGAAGGUGAUGAUCCCUGGGCUGCUGCACUCCAACAUGCACGAUUUCGGCAAGGACAUGGAGUCGCUGCUCCGGUGGGUGUGCGAGCAGCUGCCCACGUCGUGGUCGCUGAGGAAGUCCAUGGUGGACUGCCUCCGAGGGCAGAGUAGCAAUCUCAAGGUGGAAGACGUCGUGGAGGUGAUCCCCUGUGACUACGAGUUUCAGUACCUGCUGCCCAUGUGAGGAAGAAGAAGAUUGUUGGUGGUGGAUUUCUCUAAGUUAAGUGUUGCGGAUGCAGAUAUCUUACAGGAAAGAGAGAGACUUGUGAGUCUGGGUCAAGUUUUAUUAUACUCCGUAGUAAUAAUUAAAGGAUGAUUUGAGGCAGUGCUAGUGCAUUCGUGAGUACAGUAGUGCAGCAGUACUGAAUAGUGUUUUGAAGCUAGUUGUUCAGACUUUUAUGUGCCUGCCAUCUGACCAACUGUAUCCCUUAUAAACGACGCGGCAACACCUUCCCAAAACGGAUUACUAGUUA